GAUUGCAAUGGGUACGAAAUGUAAACACGGUGUAAGACAAAUAUUUUCACUCGAUUGCCAUCUCGAUAACUUUGUGCGCCAUGCUCGACUAGCCGUUCAACAGCGGCUUCAAGUACGGCUAGUUUUAUUAUUCUUUCGAGCCACGUCAAGACGUCAAAUUUAAAAAAAUGGUGGAAAUCGAGUCAAUGACGAGAUAUGUCUCGCCAGUGAAUCCAGCUGUUUUUCCAUUGCUGGCUGUAGUACUGUUAGGAAUUGGAAUAUUCUUCACAGCUUGGUUCUUCGUAUACGAAGUUACAAGCACUAAAUUUACGCGGGACAUAUGCAAGGAGCUGUUAAUAUCCUUAGUUGCAGCGCUAUUCUCUGGCUUUGGAGUAUUAUUUCUAUUACUCUGGGUUGGCAUUUACGUAUAGCUAUAGAUUGUUAAUUGACUGGAAAUAAUAAAUAAUGUGAUGGAGUUUAAGUAAGUUUGAAAGAAAUCUAUUUGUAAGAUCUUAUCUCAUUGCUGCAAUUAAAUAAAUUGUGAAUGUU